AUGGGCGAGAUGGGCCUGAGCAAAAACUCGAGGCUCAGAGAGAUGCAGAGUAAUCGUUCGCCAACAGGUAGGGAAUCAAGAGGAUCUAGGCGAAAUGGUUAAAAGUUAUAAAGAAAACGCUAGAGAUUGGUAUGUUGUUAAUUUGAGAGCGUAGCCCGGGGGUGGGAGGAAGGAAGACGAAGAGGGAAGAGGAGAGGGAGCAUGUUCCCAGAGUUUCUCUCUGUCCCUUGGCGCUGUUCUUCGUCCGCUUGGAACGGAGCUACGCUUGGAACCCUCGAAGAGAAGAGCAGCAUCUCCUCUUUCUCUCCCCGGCUGUGGAAGAGAGUCGCCAUCCGUCUUCAUCGGCCGACAGCACGACGGGCGGCGUUUGCCUCGAAUGCUCACCAAGGAGUUUUCUUCUUCUUCUUCUACUCCUCCUUCUUCUCCACCUCCUCCCCCUUCUGCUCCUUCUCUUCCCUCUGAAGCUGCUGCUGCUCAUCCCUUCGCCCCCUCUUCUUUUUUCCCUCCCUCGUGCCGCACUGAAAUAUUCUCGUUUUGCCCUCUUGCACUCGUGUGGCAACAGCUAACCUAACCCUUUGAGAUUAUCCCUGGGCAAGAGAGAGAGAGAGAGAGAAAGAGAGAGAGAGAGAGAGAGAGAGAGGGUGUACAUAUACAUAUGUGGCCGCCAUCACGCAGACACGCGGUCACAGACGUUCGUCCAUGCAGAGUCCAGCUGGUUCUCUCUGUUCGUCCGCGCUUCUCCCUUUCCCUUGCUCCCUUGGCAAGUACAAUUAAUAUUCUUGUUCGGGAUUCGUGUACCGCCACACCGAGCGCAGAUCAUGUCACGGAUAUCUGUAAGGUAUCUAUCAUACGCGGAACUGCGCCUACGAACCGGCGGCCAAGAGCUUUUUCUUCGUUGGACAGGCAUUUUUGUUUCGUCCCGACGCCCGUAAAAACUUUCCCCGCGUGCCGAAGCAGGUUGUUGGCUGUUCAUUAAAUAUCUCGGAUUAUGGCCUCGAGCUCUCUCUUUCUCUGUUGAAGUAUACGCCUCGGCUAACGAAGAGUCCGCGUCCUCUCCAUGGUCCUCUCUCCGUAUACUAUAGCUAUUUCCAUGUCGAUGAAACGACAGACUUCGGGAACUCUUUUAUUUAUUCUUCUAUUUUCUUUCUCCAGUUUGCCUUUUCUAGUUCUUUCUUGGCAGAACAAAUAUUGGUGUUGUUCUCAUACUUAUAGUGCAAAUUAUUCUGACGAGGCCGCAAUGAUGUAGUAAAGAAUACUAAUUCUAAUGAUCGAACCACGACUCAUUUCAGCGAGAAACCAACGUUUCUCGGAACCACAUCGAAAUUAGAACGCGCGUAUAACGCUUCACUCUUGGACGCAGCUUUGAAAUCAGACUACGCUUCCAAGGAGAGGAAACGAGGCCGGCAAACGUACACCCGAUACCAAACCCUUGAGCUGGAGAAGGAGUUCCACUUCAACCGAUACCUGACCAGGCGGCGGCGCAUCGAGAUCGCGCACGCACUCUGCCUGACGGAACGGCAAAUCAAAAUCUGGUUCCAAAACAGACGGAUGAAAUGGAAGAAGGAGAACAAGACGAAGGGCGAGCCAGGCUCGGUGGACGGCGACGCUGAGAUCUCGCCGCAGACGUCGCCGCAGGGUUGA